CCAGUUUUGAGUGGAGAAAGUGAACUCUUCAACUGUGAUACCCAUCUUGCAGCCUAUAAAAGGUUAGCUUUCUGGCUUACUGGCACAGCUUCCUCCAGUUGUGGCCACCUUCCCCAGGCUAUGGAUCUCUCCAAUAACACCAUGUCUCUCUCAGUGCGCACCUCCGGACUACCCCGGCGGCUCUCCUCGCAGAGUGUGAUAGCAGGCAGACCCAGGGGCAUGUCUGCUUCCAGUGUUGGCAGUGGCUAUGGGGGAAGCGCCUUUGGCUUUGGAGCCAGCUCUGGAGGCUUUUCUGCUGCUUCCAUGUUUGGUUCUAGUUCUGGCUUUGGGGGUGGCUCUGGGAGUUCCAUGGCAGGAGGACUGGGUGCUGGUUAUGGGAGAGCCCUGGGUGGAGGUGGCUUUGGAGGACUGGGGAUGGGAUUUGUGGGGAGCCCAGGAGGUGGCUCUCUAGGUAUUCUCUCUGGCAAUGACGGAGGCCUUCUUUCUGGAUCAGAAAAAGAAACUAUGCAAAAUCUUAACGAUAGAUUAGCUUCCUACCUGGAUAAGGUUCGAGCUCUAGAAGAGGCUAAUACUGAGCUAGAGAACAAAAUUCGAGAAUGGUAUGAGACACGAGGAACUGGGGCUGGAGAUGCUUCACAGAACGAUUACAACAAGUAUUAUCCACUGAUUGAAGACCUCAGGAAUAAGAUCAUUUCAGCCAGCAUUGGAAACGCCCAGCUCCUCUUGCAGAUUGACAACGCGAGACUGGCCGCCGAGGACUUCAGGAUGAAGUAUGAGAAUGAACUGGCCCUGCGCCAGGGGGUAGAAGCCGAUAUCAAUGGCCUGCGCCGGGUGCUGGAUGAGCUGACCGUGACCAGGACCGAUCUGGAGAUGCAGAUCGAGAGUCUGAACGAGGAGCUGGCCUAUAUGAAGAAGAACCAUGAGGAGGAGCUCCAAAGCUUCCGGGUGGGCGGCCCAGGCGAGGUCAGCGUAGAAAUGGACGCUGCCCCCGGAGUGGACCUCACCAGGCUCCUCAACGAUAUGCGGGCACAGUAUGAAACCAUCGCUGAGCAGAAUCGGAAGGACGCUGAAGCCUGGUUCAUUGAAAAGAGCGGUGAGCUCAGGAAGGAGAUCAGCACCAACACCGAGCAGCUUCAGUCCAGCAAGAGUGAGGUCACCGACCUGCGUCGCGCCGUUCAGAAUCUGGAGAUCGAGCUGCAGUCCCAGCUCGCCACGAAGAAAUCCCUGGAGGACUCGUUGGCUGAAGCCGAGGGCGAUUACUGCGCGCAGCUGUCCCAGGUGCAGCAACUCAUCAGCAACUUGGAGGCUCAGCUGCUGCAGGUUCGCGCGGAUGCAGAGCGCCAGAACAUGGACCACCAGCGGCUGCUUAAUGUCAAGGCCCGCCUGGAGCUGGAGAUUGAGACCUACCGCCGCCUGCUGGACGGGGAGGCCCAAGGUGAUGGUUUGGACGAAAGUUUAUUUGUGACAGACUCCAAAUCACAAGCACAGUCAAUUGAUUCCUCUAAAGACCCAACCAAAACCAGAAAAAUCAAGACAGUUGUGCAGGAGAUGGUGAAUGGUGAGGUGGUCUCAUCUCAAGUUCAGGAAAUUGAAGAACUAAUGUAAAAUGUCACAAGAUCUGCCCCAUGAUUGGCUCCUUAGGAACAAGAAAUUUACAAAUAGAAAUUACUCCUUUCAGAGUAAGAUGCUGUAUUAGUUCAAUCCCUGUUUGUGUCUGUUUCAUUUUCUUUGGACUCCCUAUUCACACUGAGUGCUUUUUGCCCUUCUGAACCAAUAUCCAGUCACAAGUCAUUUUGAUGAUGUUGAUCUCUAUAACAAAUCAAAAUUACCUUAUAUCUUUCUGGACCUGGAGUAGUCUUUUAAUGAACUUUCUUCUGGUAACCUGGAAUAUUUUUUAAUCACAGAGCUUUAAUCAAGUGGUGGUGUUUGAAUAGAGUUAACUGUAAUAAAAGAUGAAUGGUAAUAAUGUGAAA